AUGACAGAGCUACGGCACCGCGGAACAACGGAAAACGACCUACUAUAUCAACAAUCCGAAGACAAGGUAGCUAGCUAACCUACUACGGUACUACGGAGUGUUUAUGGACUACCAUUUGGAAUAAACCUGUUAGCUAGUCAAGGCAAGCAAGACCCGCUAGAUGGGAGAUCAUGCCACAAAUUAUGAUUGUGACUAUAAUAAUGAUAAGAAUUAGUUAGCUAGCUUUAAUAGCGUACAAGGCAAGCUAGUUAGCCAGCCACGUCUAACGUUACCAUUUAAUUAGCGCUAGUUUGCUUACUAGCAAAACAUAGCUAGCACGCUAACAAAUGGUAUGCUGAUUUGCUGCUAACAUUAGGUCUGGCUUGAAUGGCACACCUUAACAAGAUACCGUGAGUGGUUAACUAGCUAUCUAUAUAUCUAACGUUUGUCUCUAGCGUGUCAUUGAAAGUAACAAGAAGUAUAGCUAUUCCUCUCUGCCUACUCCCCAGUCCACUGAACCGAAAAGAGGUGUGGUGCAUUUACUGUGUGGACAGGGCAGCUAACGUUGGGUAGACUUCUUCUUCUUCAAUGAGGUUUAACGGCGGUUGGCAUCCAAUUUGUUGCAUUACCGCCACCUACUAGACUGGAGUUCAACUCCCUUAUAUUUCCUUGAAAAAUAAAAGAAACAAAGAAACCAAAGCAAAGAAAUAUCCUACCAUCUAACACUACACUCACACCUUCAACACUACAACUAAUAAUUAACCCCACCCUUCUCCACUGUUUAAAUACACUCACUCCUACCUCAUGCCCUCAACCUGAAUUGAUGGGAUAUCACCACUUAACACUCCCGGUAACUCUUCUGCUGUCAAGCCUCGCACACCCAAAUAUCUCUCUGCAGCUGCCACCACCACCUCAACUUUCUUCGAUUUGCGUUCCAUCCCUGCAGCACAAUUAAUAACCAUUGCUAUAAACGCUAAAAAUCCAAUCUUGCUGAACCAUAUAUCACUUUUAGCUUUAUCCCUCUGUACUGGUACAUCUCUACUACUCACACAAUUUCUCUCAGGAUCCCUCCCCCUUGACCCAUCUUCCUCUUCUUUCUUCACUGCCUCCGCAUAUGACAACUUCUUCUCUACUCUUACCCUGGAUACCUCAACCUGCUUCUCUCGCACUGGACAUGUCUGAUCCCCAGCCCCAUGGCCACCCCUACAAUUAGCACACACCACCACUUUCCCCACUGCUUCACACUCCUUUGUCUCAUGCCCUUCUGCACACUUCUCACACCUUGGAAUCUCCCUCCUACACACUGCUGCCACAUGCCCAUAAGUUUGACACCUGUAACAUCUUAAGGUAUUCGGCACAUAUGCUCGCACUGGAUAACUUAUAUAUCCUAACCUCACUUUCUCAGGCAAAGACUCAACUUCAAAACUAAAAAGAACAGACAAUGACUCUUCUGUUUCCCCACUCUCGCCACCCUGUUUACGUCGCACCAAACGACGAGCAUCACACACACCGGGAAUCAUCUCCUUCAGUUGGUCAACUUUUACAUUCACUGCUACUCCAGUAAUCACUCCUCUCAAUGGCGCCCUUUUCUUAAGAGCGAAACAAUUCACAAUUCUUUCUCCCAUUUGUUUAACUCUGAGCGCCGUCUCCCUCUGCCCAACAGAAACACAAACAAUUAUCACUAGACCACUUCUGGUUACCCUCACCGAUUCCACUUUACCCAACGCUCUUUUCACCCAUCUUGAAACCACAAUUGGAUCAGCCAAAAGGAAAGGAUCCAUUUUUUCCACAAACUUCACUCCUACUGUCACAGACUCAUCUUUAUCCUGAUCCGCUGUGCAAUCCUCGGGCUCCAAGUACGUCACCACACCUUCCACCUCCGAUACAUCACCCUCAUUCACUUCCAUUUCUACUCCUGUCUUCAGCUCACUUUGCUUACAUUUCCUACCACACUUCUUUAACAAACCUUCUAAAUUUUUCCCGCCAUUUUUAACUGACUCAAACUCACAAUCUUCCUCCAUCUCUUUCUUAGACCUCCUCUGCCUCUCUUUUCCCCUCCAUUUCUCCAAGUAUACAUCUCCUUAUGAUAAUACUGCAUUUCUCCAAACCUAUAUCUGUUUCUUGCCUUCUCUAAGGACUCCAUUUUCCCCCUCCUUUCCCUUCCGGCGUCUAUUCUAUCCUCGGCCUUGACCUCUUCAUUGCUCUCCUCUUCUGAUCCGCUGUCCUCCUCUCCUGAAUCACCAUCGUCUUCCGAUCCCUCAUCCGAGCUGUUAUCCUCACUAUCAUCGGGACUUACUCCCUUUCCAACUGCUCGUCUUUUCGCUGAAGACGCCAUGCUCCACCCCUCAGUCGGUCAAGCCGUCUCACGUUAGGUAGACGUAUCUAUUCAAUUAACUAAAUCAAUUUAUUAGUCAUAAACUCUGCCUACUUUUCCAAUGUAUGGUUUGGACUUCAACUCAUGAGGUAGGCUGAAUUGAAAUGGCCAUGGCCAAUCAACUCUGCAGUCCCGUGUAGCUCAGUUGGUAGAGCAUGGCGCUUGCAACACCAGGGUUGUGGGUUCGAUUCCCACAGGGGGCCAGUAUGAAAAUGUAUGCACUCACUAACUGUAAGUCGCUCUGGAUAAGAGCAUCUGCUAAAUGACUAAAAUGUAAAUGUAAAAUGAAGGACAACCCACAUACACAUUUCAAGCCACAGACAGAUCACCAUCACUGCCUCAAUUUAUAGCUAGUAUGUAUGAUGCCAGUUGUGGGCUGUUUUGAAGAAAUAAACCUAGUUACUAUACAUUAAAGUAGGGCUGGGAAAUAUGGCCAAAAUAUUAUAUCACAGUAUUUUCCAAAUGAAGGUAUUUUAUGUUUUUGGAUAAUAAAAGUUAUACAUUUGCUUUAUGAGUAGUGCGUGACCCUAGGGUGGCAACACAUAAGUGAUUUAAGUGAUUUAAUGGGUCUCUCUCCAUUCUGAUUGUUUUAUACUGUUCAAUUAAACUAAAACCCAAAAUAUUUUUCUGCAUUUCCUGCACUCAUUUGAGAUCAUUUCCACACUGCCAUAUAGGGCUGCACGAUAUGGGCAAAAAAAUCGAGGCCUUAUUUGUAACCAAAUGUUAAUUGUGAUUUGACUUGCAAUUUAGAUCAAAACACUUGGGUGAACUCUUGGAAUCAAGGAGAAAUAAUGAUUAUUCUAAUUCUAUAGUUAGAAGGUAAUAGUGGGCACUUUGAAUACAGUGUUGUUUGAUAUGACAACGAAUGAAAAUGCCAGGGAGGAGUUAUUGUGACAGGGUAGGAACCAAAGUGUUGGUCAGUGUUUCCUAGGGGACCCUAAAAUCUUUGGUGACAUUAAAUGUUUUCGCUUAGCUACUUCAUGUAGCUAACAUAUUCAUGCAGGUUGGCAGGGCUUGGAGGAUAAAAAUAGAUUUCGGCUUGGAAAAGUUGAAUAUUUUCAGAAGGAGUCGGGUAAUUGGUUAAGGGAGGAGUAUUGGCGGGAAAGAGCGAGGAGGUUGAAAAGACUGAGGGAGGCACAGGAUGGGUUUGAAUCUGUUGAAGCUAGCAAUAACAAGGGAGAGGGUACACUAUAUAUACAAAGUAUGUAGCCACCCGUUCAAAUUAGUGGAUUCGGCUAUUUCAGCCGGUGAAUAAAAUCGAGCACACAGCUAUGCAAUCUCCAUAGACAAACAUUGGUUGUAGAAUGGCCUUACUGAAGAGCUCAGUGAUGUUCAACGUGGCACCGUCAUAGGAUGCCACCUUUCCAACAAGUCAGUUUGUCAAAUUGUUGCCCUGCUAGAGCUGCCCCGGUCAUCGUGAAGUGGAAACGUCUGGGAGCAACAACGGCUCAGCCUCGAAGUGGUAGGCCACACAAGCUCACCGAACGGGACCGCCAAGUGCUGAAGCGCGUAAAAAUCGUCUGUCCUCGGUUGCAACACUAUCUACCAAUUUCCAAACUGCAGCUGGAAGCAACGUCAGCACAAGAACUGUUCGUCGGGAGCUUCAUGAAAUGGGUUUCCAUGGCCGAGCAGUCGCACACAAGCCUAAUAUCACCAUGCGCAAUGCCAAGCGUCGGCUGGAGUGGUGUAAAGCUCGCUGCCAUUGGACUCUGGAGCAGUGGAAAUGUGUUCUCUGAGGUGAUUAAUCACGCUUCACCAUCUGGCAGUGUGACAGACAAAUCUGGAUUCGGUGGAUGCCAGGAGAUCACUACCUUCCCGAAUGCAUAGUGCCAACUGUAAAGUUUGGUGGAGGAGGAAUAAUGGUCUGGGGCUGUGUUACGCACGCCUCUCGGAAGAGGGAACGCAACACCCUGCUACAACUAAACUCUCCGUGGGGUGAAAGAGGUAUGGGACUGUAGGUGUGAGUAAGGAUGACAAAAGGCAGAGAAUACCGUUAACAGGGAAUUUUAUUCCUUCGCACGGUAAGUUUGGGGAAAAGGGGCUGGACGGAACCAAAGCAAAUAAAGUAAAUAUCAAAGCCCCCUCUCCUACCUUACCUGCCUACCCACUACUUACUUAACUAGCACCACCUGGUGCACUAACCAAAAUACAAGGGAUGGUCCGCCCAGGUCUUUCCUAGUGUGCAUAGACAGUCAACUUCUACGGGUAAUGUAUGCCCGCGGGCCUCUUGCCUAAGCACUCCCUAGGUGCCUUCCCCUUCCCCCCUUGGGAACAAAUGAAACAAAAAUAGCACAAACUGGUUCACAACAAAAACCUGAGAAAAAAACUAACUCAGGACAUUAAAGAAACUCUGAGCCACAAACUAACACAAAACAUUACAAUUGGUUCUCAGAGCAACAACAACACAGUACAUACCAAACUCUUAGCAUACAACCAACAUGCUGUAACUCUCAGCAAUUCUGGUUCGGUUCCCCUUUCCCUGCCUUUUCUGAGCAACUGGGGCUUAUAUAGCUUCAGGAGGAGUUGGUAAAUUGGAGACAGCUGCGUCCUGACGAGGGCGCGGUGUCAGCUCUCCAAUCAUCAAUGUUUUUCAAAUCAAUCAGCUGCUUGUUGGGGAAUUUCAGGAACCCAUUUCCUGAAAUACCUACAUGAAAAUACACAAACCACAACAUAGAGACUGGGGAACGUAACAGGCUGUUUUUCAUGGUUCGAGUGAAGGGAUAUCUUAGCGCUACAGCAUACAAUGACAUUCUAGAUGAUCCUGUGCUUCCAACUUUGUGGCAAUAUUUUUGGGAAGGCCCUUUCUUGUUUCAGCAUGACAAUGCCCCUGUCGGGAUCAGUGUGGAAAAACUUGACUGGCCUGCACAGAGCCCUGACCUCAACCCCAUCGAACACCUUUGGGAUUAAUUGGAAUGCCGACUGCGAGCCAGGCCUAAUUGCCCAACAUCAGUGCCUGACCACACUAAUGCUCUUGUGGCUGAAUGGAAGUAAGAGUUAGGAGGGAGUGGAGGAAGACUCGGAUGGUUGAGGGGCAGCUCUCAGGGAACUGUGGGCUGAUCUUGGAUGGUUGGUGGCCUGGCGGUUGGGAGCAUGGGCCGGUGGCCGGUAGGUCACUGGUUCGGGUCCCUGAUUUGACUUGGUGGGAGAUCUGUCGACGUGCCCUUGGGAGGGCGCUUGAUCCUGGUUGCUCCUGUGGGUUGCUCUGGAUGGGAGGCUGCUAGAUGAUAAUGUAAAUGUUGAGCAGUUUCACUGUAGGUAGAUUGUAUGUUUUAAUAUUCAAUACAAAUAAAAAACAAAUGUAUGCUAAUUAACCUAUAGACCGAUAAGCAUUACCAGUCAAAUUUAUUUUCUGCGGUUAACCGAUAACAUCCCUAGCCUACACCAUCACUGGUCUCCGGCUGUAUAGCUAGCUACGUUUACUCUGACUCAGUACAUUUAUUAGAUAGCUAGUUAGCCAGCUAGAAAAGACAAACUAGCUGUUUGCAGAUGUAAGAAACACAAACUAAUAGUUUAAUUAUGCAACGCUUGUGGAUUUAUAUUAAGAAGCAAAGUGGAAACAGUAUCGUAGUCAUCAACAUUGUUGCAUGUACUGCAUUUACCAUGCAGACUGAACGCAAGUGUCUUGUGGUUAAGCAACAAUAAAUGCGCUCCUUGAGUGACAGGGUGAGGGGCUAGGUUUGUGUGGAAAGCAGCAUGGAGAGAGAGCUGAGAGAGAUGACUCAAGUAGCGGAGUAAAUUAUAAAAAUGGACGUUACACAUGGCGUAUCACAUUUAACAAACCAAACAUUCAAAUACUGUUAUAGAAGAUAAAGUAAAAACCCAAACCGGUCCAUGCAUCAAUACCGGUAUAUUGUAAAAUACGGUAUACCGCCCAGCCCUAAAUUGAAGUCAAGUGCCUUUCAUGAGCUCAAAUAAAAAUAGUGUCCAGCUGCUUUGUUGUGUUGCCUGUUCUCUCCUCAUCCAUCACACAGGCUCCACUGUGGGGCUUUACUAGUUUCAGGGUCCUUAAAAGACAUGCUGUGUUCCCCCCUCCAAGUCCAAUUUGACUUGCUCUUCCGCCUCAGUAGAAUGUAGGCCUUGCGUCUUGGUUUUUGAUCAGUGAUUGUCUGGCAGGCGCCACCCUUAGCGACGUUGGCAGAAGCGGUUGUUUCUGUUUGGGGACUCCGCUCAGGCAUCUGUCUACGCCUGCUACGUUCGGUUAGGCAGGUGUCAUCAUGCAGCUGUGUUGUGCUGGUGGUAUAGGGCCGUGGCGCUCUGUGGUUUGGUUAAGAGUCAGACAUGACUGUAGAAGGAUCCUGCCUGCAGAUGCAUCAUCAGUUCUCCAUGGAGAACUUGGUGUCUCUGUCAUGUGCCUACAAAAUGUUUUUGAGAGUUUAAAUCAUAUGAGCCAAAGUUGACUCAGUUUGCUCUCAGAAAGUUUGAAGAAUAGAUCUUGGACUGCAUGAUUGGCGGGGAAUGAGUAUAUCUGUCAAAUUGUGACAGCCUAAGGACACUGGAAAAUAGAUCCAGCCUAUUUAUACCCAGAGGAAAUGGCUUGUUUGUUGGUCAGUGCUAUACGGAUUCCUUGGGACGUCCCAACUCUGACGUUACCCCAUUCAAAUGUAAAAAGGUUAGGGAUGUCCCAAGGAUCCCGGAUAGCACUUACCCUUGUUUGUUGUGUACAGUAUGUAUGAGUGCAUGUGCAUGUCUAUUAUUGUGGUAGCUGUCGUGACGUGACUUUCAUUAAUAUGAUGACUGUUAUUUAUCGAAUCAACUAACUAUGUUUAAUUGUUACUCGAUUAAAUUAGUCAUGUAACAAUUAACUCAUUAGGAUUUGGGGCACCACGGAAUAAGUUGUUUAUGGAGUUACCAUCUCCCAAAUUAAACUCUAAAAGGUCUUUACCUAUCAAUAUGUAUAAAACAGUCAACGUAUUAGUCAUUACCUCUUAUCAGUCUCAUUCUGAACGGUCGUAGACUUCUUGGAUCUGCACGAACCCCAGCUUUACUUAUGAUUCAGCACUACACAAAUUGGCUUAAUUAUUUAUUUACUAGCUAACUAAAUAAUAAUACAGAAUAACAUACGCACUUAAUACAUGAGAAAAAGUCCCUAGCGGACUAACAACAUUUAUCGUUGAUACGUUUGGAAACUACCCUAAAAGUAAUCAUAAUACUUUGCUCCUGAACCACCGCCCAUUUGGAGUAAGAAAUCAUGAAUGUAUUUACGUGUGGAUGUCUUUGUUCGUCGUCUAUCUCUGUUGAAACCAAGCCUUCUUAAAAGGGUUUUUAGUGGUGUCCUGUGUCGGUGUAAGGCUCUGGUUGUCCACCAGAGGUCACAAUGUCCUUCUUCUUAGUUGUCUUGGUUUGGAUUGGGGUCUCUCCAGAACAGCUACUUAGCCGUCCCAGUAAUUGUCUGAGAGGGGAUUUUCUCCUUUCCACCUCGUGUGGUUAGUCAGAGUUUGAGCCACUUUACACGCACAGCUGCAGCCUGGCAAUAUUCGGUUCUAGUCUGGGAGUUGAUCUUCUUCACCUCGUGUUGAGGUUCAAUGUUCCAACCAUUUUCAGACGUGUAGCGACUGCCUCACGUCUUUCUGGUCUGAUGUUAAUUUGUCUUUCAAGCCUUUAUGCACUCUUGGUAAAAGGAGGCGUUCCAUCAUGCUGACACGAUCUCUGAGCUCACUCGGGGCGUGGCUACUUACUAGUGCAAAGCUUAUAUGAAAAACAAUUAUCUCAUUAGAAAACUAAAAUCACAUUCCUAUCUUAACAAAAAUAAUUUCAUCAGUUUUCAUAUCUCCUAUACAAUGUAAAGGAUGAAGCACACUGUAUGUCAGGUUAUACUUUCCAAGAUACAAUAUUUUCUUGAUACCAUACUUAAUGACAUCACAAAAUACUAAACAAUAUGACAUGAUUGUUAUUUAGAUCCCCACUGACCGUUCCCCACAUUCUUAUGUUAGAAAUAUUGUUCCAGUAUUCACUUUUUAAUGUGUUUAGAGUUUCGGCGGGAAGACUGUCUGUUAACAAAGACAUUCCUUUGGUUAAUACUGGAGAGGGAGACCCUAGAUCUCCUCUCCUUUAAUUUACGACAGGGUGUGAGCUGUCAAACUGGCCCAGUCCCCUCCUCCCCUCUUCUGUGGGUGAGAGAGGCCUGGUUACUGUCAACCAUUGCCAAGCUGAUCUGACCCAUUGGAUCCUCACAGGACAGUCAUGACAUAGUUUAGGUCAAAAGAUAAAGUAGAAAGAAAUCGCAUAGGCCUACAUUACUUACUUAACAUGGUUGAAUGAAUCUCUUGAUUCUGAUGAUGUGACCAGAGACAAAAACAAAACGGAGGUGUGGGUAGUGUAGUGCUACUCCUUGCCUCCCAGGAUACAUGAAAGGGGUCUCUUCAGCAGCAGGAGUGUGGAAGGAGGGGCUAUUUUUAUCCAGUCCAUCCUGACUGAUGGGAAAUGGGUACCGUGGAAACCAGCAAGCCUUGGGGUUCCAUCAGCUUGAUAGCUAGGCCUACUGCUCAGUGGCGGCUCCUGAAAAAAUUCUCAGGAGGGGCAAUUUUUCUGAUGAUUUAGGUGACCUACACACAUUUUAAAAAAGAUAUGUCCAGCAACAACAUGAAGACAGGGGCAGCAUAUAAGUCAAUACCAGAAGCAUUUAUUGACUGAUCUGGGGAGAUGGAUUCCAGUUUCUGUGACAGAUUAUAAAUAAUCUCUGAUGCCUUUGUUAUAUUAGCUUUUGGUUGAAUGUACUGUCGUAGUAAAUAUAUAAUGUUAUAGCUUGGUCUGACUAAAAUCUUGUGCAUGACCCAUUUUGUGUUGGGCGUUUGUUUUCAAUCAAUGCUGUUCCUAUCCUAUAACAAUGGACAAAAGAGUCCUAUCUUGUCAGCCUUGUCAGCAGGUGGCCAAGGACAACACCCACGCCAUAGGUCUCUCAGUUCUUCCAACUCACGAGUUCUUGCUCUGAGGACACACACACACACACACACACACACACACACACACACACACACACACACAUCAUCACUGAUAACACACACACACACACACAUCAUCACUGUUAAACACACACACACACACACACAAAAAUCCCCUCUCUUUAGGCUGAACAUUUGAAGACAGAGAACCCGACUCAGAGCCAAUGCAACAGUGGAGGGGACCUCGCCCAACUCAUCAGGACCAAUCAGAAGAUCAGAACUACUAGAUUCAACCUACAUCAUUUAUUGUAUAAAAUGUCUGCACACAAUGUUUUCGGGGCUCUCUUCAGAUAGCUCCCUAAGAGUUUGACGAACGAGUCCGUGCACGCGAUUCCAGAUAUCUUUACCUCUGAAUAAACUGCCUUUAUUAUACCAUAUCCACCCUGUCCAAAGUCUCUACUUGGUCUCAGUUCUCCAGUAAACGUGUGAUUAUCAACAGUACACAACGGUAACAAACAAUUGGGGGAACUCAUGGGGCAGAUAGUAAGGUCGCAGUGACACAGAAAGCAGUUCAAUGUCGGGGGUACAGAGUCGCUCUCUUACCAGGAUCGAUUUUCCCUGUGACUGUGUCAGAUCGCGGUCCGCUCUGACCAGGGUGAAGCCGGCCGGCUCCACUUCUCUGUCCGGGACUCUGUCAUCCAGCCAAGUCUCCCAGCUGUAUUGGAUUCCGCUGCCAGCAGCGUUUUCAUUAUUUAGUCCGUUCGUAGCGGGUAUGUACACGAUCAACAAGAUCAGUCCAAAACCCACCACUGGAAAUCCAUGGUUGGCAGAAUGUUUGUAAACUAAGUGUACAAAUUAAAAACAUAAAAUAACGCCACUAAGUGUACAAAUUAAAAACAUAAGAUAACGCCACACUGCAGGUCGCAACAGAGACGCUGCUAGCCGCUAUUUUCUUAGUUACGUUCAUGGUUACGUCACGUAUGACGAAAGCGCGUAAGUGCAAGCCCACAGACACCCAUAGAGAUUGUAUUGAAAGCUUUGAAAUUUGAAAAAAAUAGAUUUUACAUGGGAGUCUAUGACAGACUUCUGGGCGAUUUUCAACAUGAUUGAAAUCGCCCCAAAAACGGGCGGGGCCAUUUGAAGCACGACUUUAGCCUGAUUUGACAUUUAGUGGCAGUCAGAUCAGAUUAGAACACUGAUAACUACUGUUGCCGUGAUAUAAUUGAUUAGAAAAAAAAUCCCUUCCUUUUCCCGUUUGGCAGUGCGUCGCCCAUAUCGCCCUAUUGAACACACCGCCCUUGCUACUGCUAUAUGUGUGUGUACUGUGUGUGUGUUGACAACCAAGACAGGCAGAGUGUAGGCUAACAGCUAUCUGUUGUGUUAAUAGGAGGUUAGGUGACACAACAGUGUAAUUUUGGUAGCGCUAUGGAGGAGAGGGCAGAGGGGAGAGACAACGAUGACAUCACAGCAGUCUGCAAUGUCUAAUGACACGUUUUGUUGCCAUGGAAAAGCAGAGGGUCAUCCGGAUUAAUGCAGUUUCACGGCAACAAGCUUUCAGAGAGGAUCAAGGGGGCAAACACUGUGAAAUAUAUUGAUUACUCUGUCACCAUCAGCCAUAUAUUUAUCAGACAGAAUAUCCUAACGCCAAAGCAGAAAAGCACUACAAGCUUGCUCUCACAAUGUUGUUGUUCACUGACAUAAAAUAGACCCGGAAAGGAAGUGGGGGAGCAUUCCUCAUAGGAGGCUAGCUGUGUUUGUUUACAUUGUAUGACUCACUCUCUCUCUGUCUCUCUGUCUCUCUAUCUCUAUCUCUAUCUCUAUCUCUAUCUCUAUCUCUAUCUCUAUCUCUAUCUCUCUCUCUUCUCCUCUCUCUCUCUCUCUCUCUCUCUCUCUCUCUCUCUCUCUCUCUCUCUCUCUCUCUCUCUCUCUCUCUCUCUCUCUCUCUCUCUCUCUCUCUCUCUCAAGGGAUCUGAGAAUGAGGGGAAAGCAGAGAAGGAUGGGGUGUCUGACAGUGAGACCAAGCCUGAUACAGGGCUCCUGGAGGUGCCUGUCCCUGCUGAUGACACCCCCGAGGUCCUCAACAAAGCCCUAUCUGGACUGUCCUCACGGUAAACACUACCAACAUAUAUAGAUUUUUUCAUUGACUAUUUUCUUAUGGUAAUCACAACCUCCGGUUUGGCCAUUGUUUGGAACAAGGGAAAUAUCACCUAUUCACAAAACGUAAUAUCUGUGUCCCAUAGGUCUCUGGUCAAAAGGAGUGCCACUGGGCUUAUAGGGACUAGAGUGCCAUUUGGGACACAACCAACAUCUAGAUUUUUUCAUUUACUAUCUUCGGUUUGCUCCUCCAUCCUAACAACAUCCUGUUAUUCAGACAUGGAUAAUUGAAUGCUAAUGAAACACCAUCUGCUAUGCUCAAUAUAACUCAUAUUGAUUUUACAUUUUAGUCAUUUAGCAGACGCUCUUAUCCAGAGCGACUUACAGUUAGUGAGUGCAUACAUUUUCAUACUGGCCCCCCGUGGGAAACGAACCCACAACCCUGGCGUUGCAAGCGCCAUGCUCUACCAACUGAGCUACAGGGGACUAGUGUGUAGGCCUAUAUUGACAUUCUUCAGGAAUGUAUUGACCAGCAAUUGAUUUGUGCACACAAACAACUGAUAUGGAUGCUUAUUGUUCACCUUUUCAUUACACCGUUCAUUACACACUGCAUCUGGGGAUUAACUGUGUGUGUGUGUAUUCUCAGAUGGAAGAACUGGUGGGUGCGCGGGAUCCUGACUCUGGCCAUGAUCUCCUUCUUCUUCAUCAUCAUCUACCUGGGCCCCAUGGUGCUCAUGCUGAUUGUGAGUGAUCCUCCUCCUCCUUUCCCUAAGCCUUCUGUCAGUCAGUUUGUUAGCCGAUCCCAAAUCGCUCCCUACCCGUCCCCCUUGGCCCUAACCCCUCAAUGUUGCCGGAUCUGCAGGCUCAGGAUAGGUAUACGCAGUCCAGUGAUGGAGCUUCCACCAUAUUGCAUACACACCUUACAGAUCUGCAGAAACAAAAGGUUAGGACUAAAGAGAGGGUAAGGGAUUGAAUUGGGGCCAGCUGUUUGUCUGUCUGUAUCCUUAAUGGAUUAAGGCUCAGAGUGUAGCGCAGUGGAAAUAACAGGCUCUUCUCUGCUUUGCUGCUCUGCUGGACUACCUGCUGGGAGGGAGAAAGCAUACAGUGAGGGGAAAAAAGGAUUUGAUCCCCUGCUGAUUUUGUACGUUUGCCCACUGACAAAGAAAUGAUCAGUCUAUAAUUUUAAUGGUAGGUUUAUUUGAACAGUGAGAGACAGAAUAAAAAAAAAAAAUCCACUCCAAUAAUCGCACCAACUGUUGUCACCUCACCAAGCUGCUUGGCGAUGGUCUUGUAGCCCAUUCCAGCCUUGUGUAGGUCUACAAUCUUGUCCCUGGCAUCCUUGGGGAGCUCUUUGGUCUUGGCUAUGGUGGAGAGUUUGGAAUCUGAUUGAUUGAUUGCUUCUGUGGACAGGUGUGUUUUAUACAGGUAACAAACUGAGAUUAGGAGCACUCCCUUUAAGAGUGUGCUCCUAAUCUCAGCUCGUUACCUGUAUAAAAGACCCCUGGGAGCCAGAAAUCUUUCUGAUUGAGAGGGGGUCAAAUACUUAUUUCCCUCAUUAAAAUGCAAAUCAAUUUAACAUUUUUGACAUGCGUUUUUCUGGAUUUUUUUGUUGUUAUUCUGUCUCUCACUGUUCAAAUAAACCUACCAUUAAAAUUAUAGACUGAUCAUUUCUUUGUCAGUGGGCAAACGUACAAAAUCAGCAGGGGAUCAAAUACUUUUUUCCCUCACUGUACAUUUACAUUUUAGUCAUUUAGCAGACGCUCUUAUCCAGAGCGACUUACAGUUAGUGAGUGCAUACAUUUUCAUACUGGCCCCCUGUGGGAAACGAACCCACAACCCUGGCGUUGCAAGCGCCAUGCUCUACAGGGGACUAUCCAGAGCAUGCUGCAGGAACUGAACAGAGAACACAGAAACUAUAAAUAGAGUCACAGCACAAGAACAUUUGACCAAAAUGUCUAUGAUUAAAUGAGAUGGUAUUGAGCAGCGAGGAAUCAUACAGACUGAUCCAGAUACUGUUGUCAGGGUGAUAUCAAAUGUGAAGUGUGGUAGGGGAAUACCAUUUUUUUUAAAUUACCUUUAUUUAACUAGGCAAGUCAGUUAAGAACAAAUUCUUAUUUACAAUGACGGCCUACACCGGCCAAACCCGGACAACGCUGGGCCAAUUCUGCCGCCCUAUGGGACUCCCAAUCACGGCCGGUUGUGAUUCAGCCUGGAAUCGAACCAGGGGGUCUGUAGUGACGCCUCAAGCACUGAGAUGCAGUGCCUUAGACCGCUGCGCCACUCGGGAGCCCAAACUACCAUGUAGUUGAUAUCAAAACUCAGACAGUCAAUGGCACACCACAGUAAUUUAUUACAGACCUGUUCAAAGUAAUAAUGGAGCAUCUUUCUCUACAGGUGUUGUGUGUGCAGAUCAAAUGCUUCCAAGAGAUCAUCCACAUCGGUUACAGUGUGUACCACUCCUACCACCUGCCCUGGUUCAGAACGUUGAGUUGGUGAGAUGCGUGCGCACACACUGUUUGUUGACCCGAGAUAAUGAAUUGCAUGUUUUAUUUCAUUGCAGACUUCCUGAGGUUUGUUGGUAUGCUGAUGUUAAUGUGGUCCUCUGUAGCUCAGCUGGUAGAGCACGGCGCUUGUAACGCCAAGGUAGUGGGUUCGACCCCCGGGACCACCCAUACACAAAAAUGUAUGCACGCAUGACUGUAAGUCGCUUUGGAUAAAAGCGUCUGCUAAAUGGCAUAUUAUUAUUAUUAUUAAUCUAGAUUAUUAAACCAAUCAGCAGAGAGAAACUACAUCAUGUUACAUGUAGUGGUGAUGGUAUUUGUAGUAUGUUAGCGCUGGUGGAAAAACUCUUUAGUUAUUAUAAAACAUCAUAACUUGAACAUUGCAUCUCCCAAAGUUCACCAUUACUCCAGGUUUUCCAGAAAAGAGUGCAUAGUGAAUGUUCAGUCUGUAUUGUAACAGUUCUGACCUCACCCAUUGCCCCUCUCCUCUUCCUCCUCUCCCUCCUUCUCUCCCUCCCCUCCUCCUCCUCACCCUCCCCUCCUCUCCUCCUCCCUCCCCUCCUCUCCUCCUCCCUUGUCAGGUACUUCCUGCUCUGUGUAAACUACUUCUUCUACGGAGAGACGGUGACAGACUACUUCUUUAAUCUGGUGCAGAGGGAGGAGCCGCUGCGCAUCCUCAGCAAAUACCACCGCCUCAUCUCCUUCGCUCUGUACCUCACAGGUGAGAUGCCGGCUGUCUCAAAAGUUCUAACUUCCUUCCUUUUUUCAUGUCUUUUCCUUCAUGAUCACUGAUCUGGCAAGGACAGAUGGAAACCGAUCUAGUUAUUUUCCCUGUUGGUGAUAAAGAAGACAUUUUAGAGUAUUGAGAGUGAGACAGAGCCAGGGAGAGCGAGUGAGUGAGUGAGGGCGAAAGGGGAGUCCUCUUUUGAACGUUUAGUAUUGCUGUUGGAGCUUCUUCAUUUUUAAUCAGUUUUUACCUGACUAUGGGUUUGGUACAAGUUUAAAAAAUGAUAAAAGCUUCAGAGGGAAACUCCACUCUGCCCCACUUCCCUCCCUCUUUCAGUCAGCCAGUGCAGCAGUGGCAGUUAAUGGCAGCAGGAUGUGGUGAAGUUAGCGCUCGCUAACGUCUGCUUUUUCUGUGUGACUGCAUGAUCACACCUCGACUCUGUGGCUCAAGGUGGAAGAGGAAAGUUAAUACCCGUCCACACCUCCCUUUGGAUAUAUUUAAAAACACGGCCAGGUUGUUUACUGUAGAAGUGUUGGCAGGGAAAGGCUUUUAAGGUAAUAGGGCCAUCUCUUUUAAGGUAAUAGGGCCAUCACUUUUAAGGUAAUAGGGCCAUCUCUUUUAAGGUAAUAGGGCCAUCUCUUUUAAGGUAAUAAGGCCAUCUCUUUUAAGGUAAUAGGGCCAUCUCUUUUAAGGUAAUAGGGCCAUCUCUUUUAAGGUAAUAAGGCCAUCUCUUUUAAGGUAAUAAGGCCAUCUCUUUUAAGGUAAUAGGGCCAUCUCCCCACUGACAGAUAUGUAGAAGGAGCUGAGUUUCACAGAAUCUAUAAGUAGUCAGAACACUGUGUGCUUUGUUCUAGCCUUGUUCUAGCCUGGUUCCAGAUCUGUUUGUCACGCCAAGUUUCAAGUUUUAUUAGUCGUACACUACCGUUAGUCGUACACAGGCCUCCCAAGUGGCGCAGUGGUCUAAGGCACUGCAUCGCAGUGUUAGCUGUGCCACUAGAGAUCCUGGUUCGAAUCCAGGCUCUGUCGUAGCCGGCCGCGACUGGGAGACCCAUGUGGCGGUGCACAGUUGGCCCAGCGUCGUCCAGGGUAGGGGAGGGAAUGGCCGGCAGGGAUAUAGUGGUGCAGUGGUCUAAGGCACUGCAUCGCAGAGGUAACUGUGCCACUAGAGAUCCUGGUUCGAAUCCAGGCUCUGUCGCAGCCGGCCGCGACCGGGAGACUCAUGGGCGGCGCACAAUUGGCCCAGGGUAGGGGAGGGAAUGGCCGGCAGGGAUGUAGCUCAGUUGAUAGAGCAUGGCGUUUGCAACGCCAGGGUUGUGGGUUCGAUUCCCACGGGGGGCCAGUAUAUAAAAAAAAAAAUGUAUUCACUAACUGUAAGUCGCUCUGGAUAAGAGCGUCUGCUAAAUGACUAAAAUGUAAAUGUAAAUGUAGCUCAGUUGGUAGAGCAUGGCGUUUGCAACGCCAGGGUUGUGGGUUCGAUUCCCACGGGGGGUAUGAAAAAUAAAAAAAUAAUGUAUGCACUCACUAACUGUAAGUCACUCUGGAUAAGCGCGUCUGCUAAAAUGUAAAUGUUCAAAAGUUUUAGAACACCUACUCAUUCAAGGGUUUUUCUUUAUUUUUACUAUUUUCUACAUUGUAGAAUAAUAGUGAAGACAACAAAACUAUGAAAUAACACAUAUGGAAUCAUGUAGUAACCAAAAGUGUUAAACAAGUCAAAAUAUAUUUUAUAUUUGAGAUUCUUCAAAUAGCCACCCUUUGCCUUGAUGACUGCUUUGCACACUCUUUUCAUUCUCUCAACCAGCUUCAUGAGGUAGUCACCUGGAAUGCAUUUCAAUUAACAGGUGUGCCUUGUUAAAAGUUAAUUUGUGGAAUUUCUUUCCUUCUUAAUGCAUUUGAGCCAAUCAGUUGUGUUGUGACAAGGUAGGGGGGUAUACAGAAGAUAGCCCUAUUCCAUAUUAUAGCCCUAUUCCAAGUCCAUAUUAUGGCAAGAACAGCUCAAAUAAGCAAAGAGAAACGACAGACCAUCAUUACUUUAAGACAUGAAGGUCAGUCAAUACGUAACAUUUCAAGAACUUUGAACGUUCCUUCAAGUGCAGUAGCAAAAACCAUCAAGCACUAUGAUGAAACUGGCUCUCAUGAGGACUGCCACAGGAAUGGAAGACCCAGAGUUACCUCUUCUGCAGAGGAUAAGUUCAUUAGAGUUACCAGCCUCAGAAAUUGCAGCCCAAAUAAAUGCUUCACAGAGUUCAAGUAACAGACACAUCUCAACAUCAACUGUUCAGAGGAGACUGUGUCAAUCAGGCCUUCAUGGUCGAAUUGCUGCAAAGAAACCACUACUAAAGGACACCAAUAAGAAGAAGAGACCUGCUUGGGCCAAGAAACACGAGCAAUGGACAUUAGACCGGUGGAAAUUUGUCCUUUGGUCUGGAGUCCAAAUUUGAGAUUUUUGGUUCCAACAGUCAUGUCUUUGUGAGACGCGGUGUGGGUGAACGGAUGAUCUCUGCAUGUGUAUUUCCCACUGUAAAGCAUGGAGGAGGAGGUGUUAUGGUGUGGGGGUGCUUUGCUGGUGACACUGUCUGUGAUUUAUUUAGAAUUCAAGGCACACUUAACCAGCAUGGCUACCACAGCAUUCUGCAGCGAUACGCCAUCCCAUCUGGUUUGAGCUUAGUGGGACUAUCAUUUGUUUUUCAACAGGACAAUGACCCAACACACCUCCAGGCUGUGUAAGGGCUAUUUUACCAAGAAGGAGAGUGAUGGAGUGCUGCAUCAGAUGACCUGGCCUCCACAAUCUCCCAAUAAUCAAACCAAAUUGAGAUGGUUUGGGAUGAGUCGGACCGCAGAGUGAAGGAAAAGCAGCCAACAAGUGCUCAGCAUAUGUGGGAACUCCUUCAACUGUUGGAAAAACAUUCCAGGUGAAGCUGGUUGAGAGAAUUCCAAGAGUGUGCAAAGCUGUCAUCAAGGCAAAGGGUGGCUAUUUGAAAAUAUAUUUUGAUUUGUUUAACACUUUUUUGGUUAAUACAUGAUUCCAUAUGUGUUAUUUCAUAGUUUUGAUGUCUUCACUAUUAUUCUACAAUGUAGAAAAUAGUAAAAAAAAUAAAGAAAAACCCUUGAAUGAGUAGGUGUUCUAAAACCUUUGACCGGUACUGUAUGUGCGGGAUGCACAUGGUAUACACCGUCCAACGAAAUGUUCAAUUGCAGGUUCCUUCUCGACAAUGCAACAACAAUAAGAAAUAUUAAAAGAUAAGAAUAGGAACAUUUAAAAAAAUGGCUCAGUAGAAUAUAAUAAAAAAUUUAGCAUAAGUAUAAUACAGUGACUACAAUGACCAUAGAAGUUGGCAAGACAGCACAAACUAAUCUGGUACCAGGCUAGCAUUGUUCUGCUCAGAUAAAGCCUAUGUAACAAAUUGAUGUGAAUUGGAUGGAUAUGGAAAUGUUCCAGUGUCCAAAUUGUCCUAACUGAAUUAUGGUCACAUUGGCCUGACUGCUCAAUCUAAUUUGUUAGAUUCGAUAAAAGCAUCUUAAUCAGAAGGGUGUCUUCUUACUCUGCUUUGAUACAGCCUUGGGGAUUUAUAUAAUUCUUGGAAGUGUAAGAAAUCAAGAGAUACAUGCAGCACAUUCAUGUGAAUGUGUUUUUAUCUGUUACUGACUUUAGCAGGCUUUUAACCUCGGAACCCAGAACCAAAUCGGCAUUUAUGUGUCACUAGAGAUUGAACACAACACAGUUGCUGGUCCUCAGUUUGAAAACAAAGAAUGACAAUAAUAGCUACUCAAAACAGUCUGACCCAAAAAUGCUUUUGGGUAAAUCCAUUUGAAUUCAAUCACUUUUUGACAGCAUCCCUUUUGAUUUAAAUUAAAGUUUUCAUACAUGUUUACCCAUGGAAGAAGUGGUCAGAAAGUGACUUUCACUUUCUGACCACUUCUACAAUGGGCAGAUAUGCAUGGAAGGUUUCGUUCAAAUCAAAAGGGGUGCUGUGAAAAAGGGAUUGAAUUGAAAUGGAUUUACUCUUUGUUGACUUGUUUCCUCUGUUCUGUGUUAUGCAGGUUUCUGCAUGUUCGUGCUGAGCCUGUUGAAGAAACACUAUCGCCUGCAGUUCUAUAUGGUAUGUGUGUGUGUGUGUGUGUGUGUGUGUGUGUGUGUGUGUGUUGCAUAGCAUAGUGUGUGUGUACUGUAUUAUAUGAGCCCUCUGGGCUGCUACUACAUUAUUGGUGGGGCCUGGCCCAGAAACAUGGAAUCCCUCCAGCAGUGAUCUGGGUCCGCUCCAGGAUAUAGGGCCAGGGGCUUCAUCCAUCUGCUGCUGCUGCCUCUGUCAAACACACACACACACACACACACACACACACACACACACACACACACACACACACACACACACACACACAUACACACAUACACACACACACACACACACACACACACACACACACACACACACACACACACACAUACACACAUACACACACACACACACACACACACACACACACACACACACACACACACACACACACACACACACACACACACACACACACACACACAGACCGUCUGUGGCUCUGUUCUGGGCUCCGGAUUGACCAUGUAGGGCAGUGACAUUGCUGAGCGCUGCUAGGAAACAUACUGCAGUAACACAUCUAUCACUGAGAGCUCUGCAUACUGCAGUAACACAUCUAUCACUGUGAGCCCCGCAUACUGCAGUAACACAUCUAUCACUGUGAGCCCCGCAUACUGCAGUAACACAUCUAUCACUGAGAGCUCUGCAUACUGCAGUAACACAUCUAUCACUGAGAGCUCUGCAUACUGCAGUAACACAUCUAUCACUGAGAGCUCUGCAUACUGCAGUAACACAUCUAUCACUGAGAGCUCUGCAUACUGCAGUAACCCAUCUAUCACUGAGAGCUCUGCAUACUGCAGUAACACAUCUAUCACUGUGAGCCCCGCAUACUGCAGUAACACAUCUAUCACUGAGAGCUCCGAAUACUGCAGUAACCCAUCUAUCACUGAGAGCUCUGCAUACUGCAGUAACACAUCUAUCACUGUGAGCCCCGCAUACUGCAGUAACACAUCUAUCACUGAGAGCUCUGCAUACUGCAGUAACACAUCUAUCACUGUGAGCCCCGCAUACUGCAGUAACACAUCUAUCACUGAGAGCUCCGAAUACUGCAGUAACCCAUCUAUCACUGAGAGCUCUGCAUACUGCAGUAACACAUCUAUCACUGAGAGCACUGCAUACUGCAGUAACCCAUCUAUCACUGAGAGCACUGCAUACUGCAGUAUAACUCAUCUACUCAGUGUUAUGGACAAAAUGUCACACUGACUGGGCUCAGCACUCCUCAAGGAUAUGUUUGUGUUGUUGCAAAGAAAACAGGGCAAUGAUGACCAAGUUAUCCGUAAGGCUUGCUCUGUGCCAAAUGCCAAUUACAGCAUUAAUGCUAAAAUAUAAACAAAUAGUGCUAUGAGUAAUUAAAUAGUGCUAAUGAGCCCUGAAUGCUGAUUGGCUAAAAGCUGUGUUAUAUCAGACUGUAUACCACGGGUAUGACAAAAAAAUACUAUUUACUUUUCUAAUUACAUUGGUAACCAGUUUAUAAUAGCAAUAAGGCACCUCAAGGGUUUGUGGUGUAUGGCCAAUAUUCCACGGCUAAAGGCUGUAUCCAGGCACGCCGCGUUGCAUUGGCCAUAUACCACACCCCCUUGGGACUUAUUACUUAAAUAUACCACAGUUAUUUAAGUGUUUUCUGUCCAUUUUGGGGUAGCUAUGUUCCUUGAUAUCACUUUUUUUAAAUGUUGGGACAAUUUAAGCUGUCUGAAAAUGAAUUUCCUUCCUUCCUGUCAGUUUGGCUGGACUCAUGUAACUCUGCUGAUCGUAGUGACCCAGUCCCACCUCAUCAUCCACAACCUGUUUGAGGGAAUGAUCUGGUAAGAAAUGUCUGUCGCUGUCGCUCACUCACUUGCACGCACUCACUCACUCAAAUUCAAUCAGAGGGCAAAUUCAGUCAGACAUUGGUUGUGACCUAAAUGACACUCUAUUCCCUAUAUAGUGCACUACUUUUGACCAGUGCCCUACGGACCAUGGUCAAAAGUAGUAUACUAUAUAGGGAAUAGGGUGUAAUUUGGGACACACACAGUGGAUCUAUUCUGUCAGAGGUUAAUGCAUGGGAGUGUCUACUCACUCAGCCCACUGUUUCCAUGCUGUACAAUGGGAGGACUGACUGCAGGUUGAAAAGUCUAUUAUCUGAUGUAAUUACAACCUGCCCUACAACCAUGUGAUGCAAAUUAUGAGUGCAUUAGGGUGGUCUACAUCAGGGGCUUAUUCAGGAGUCAACAACAUUACAGAACGUUCAGAUAGAAAUGGACUGUGCUGAAGAGACAUGCUCUGUCUCUUGUAGAGUAAAUGCUAAUGUCUGCUCUAUGCACAACAUAUCUAUGUACAACACCCCACUGAAUACAGCCCAGGUGUUGAUACCAGUUCCUCUCUCCUUCUCUGUCUAGGUUCAUCGUGCCCAUCUCCUGUGUGAUCUGCAAUGACAUCAUGGCCUACAUGUUUGGCUUCUUCUUUGGACGUACGCCACUCAUUAAGGUUAGGAAGACUGUUACACAACUACUGUAUGUAGCAUUUUCUGAAGUUUGGAUCAUUCAUUUGAUAUUUGGUACAAGGGAUACCAUUAGUAACACCCUGUACUGUGUCAACGUCCUGAUUGUGUUCUCUACAGCUGUCUCCUAAGAAGACCUGGGAAGGCUUCAUCGGCGGAUUCUUUUCUACUGUUGUGUUUGGGAUCCUGGUAAGACAUGACCAUUGCCAUAACUAACUGCAAAAGUUUCUAUUCAAAUUCCCCACAAGUCCUAUUAUCUUAUUAUCUGCCUCUCUCCCUCUCUCCCUCUCUCUCUCUCUCUCUCUCUCUCUCUCUCUCUCUCUCUCUCUCUCUCUCUCCAGUUGUCCUAUGUGAUGGCGGGCUACAGCUUCUUUGUGUGUCCAGUGGAGUUCAACAGCGACCAUAACAGUUUUGAGGUGGACUGUGUACCCUCUGAUCUGUUCCAGCUGCAGGACUAUGCCCUGCCGGCCUCCCUCGAGUCCUUCACUGGACGGGUGAGCCUGACCUGUCCCCUCUGUUUGAUUGUGUGGCUGGCUGGCGGGUCUCUGUAUCUGAUGUCUGUCUUUCUGGCUGGCUGGCGGGUCUGUUUCUGAUUGAUCGCUGGCUGGCUGUUCUCUGAUCUCUCUCUGGCUGGCGGGUCUCUGUUUCUGAUCGCUGGCUGGCAGGUUUCUGAUCAGUCUUUCUGGCUGGCUGGAUGGCAGGUGUGUUUCUGAUCGCUUGCUGGCUGGCUGACGGGUCUCUGCCUCUGGCUGGCAGGUCUCUGUUUCUGAUCUCUGGCUGGCGGGUCUCUGUUUCUGAUCGCUGGCUGGCGGGUUUGUGAUCUCUGUCUGGCUGGCGGGUCUCUGUUUCUGAUCUCUGGCUGGAGGGUCUCUGUUUCUGAUCUCAGUCUGGUUGGCGGGUCUCUGUUUCUGAUCUCUGACAAUAUUUUCCACUAGCGCCGGUUGUGGAAAAUAUACAGCUGAUUACAGAGUAAUUUUCAGCUGAGUACUUUUUCCACUUAAAUUAACUACGCACGUUUUCAAUUCUCUAGUUAGAAAAAAGCCUACCGAGUGGCGCAACGGUCUAAGGCACUGCAUCGCAGUGCUUGAGGCGUCACUACAGACCCGGGUUAGAUCCCAGGCUGUCACAACCGGCCGUGACCGGGAGUCCCAUAGGGCGGCGCACAAUUGGCCCAGCGUCGUCCGGGUUAGGGGAGGGUUUGGCCGGGGGGGGCUUUACUUGGCUCAUCGCGCUCUAGCGACUUCUUGUGGUGGGCCGGGGCGCCUGCAGACUGGUCGUCAGUUGAACAGUGUUUUGUCCGACACAUUGGUGCGGCUGGCUUCCGGUUUAAGAGGCGCGGUUUGGCGGGUCAUGUUUCGGAGGACGCAUGACUCGACCUUCGCCUCUCCCGAGCCCGUUGGGGAGUUGCAGUGAUGAGACAAGAUCGUAAUUGGAUCACAAUUGGAUAUCACGGAAAAAUAAAGUCUGCUGAGCCCUCUCCUUCUAAAAUAAACUAAAUGCAUCUUCUAGCGAUCUAUUGAUAGGACAGGCAUCCUGUCAGUCACAAAGUGAGUGAUGACAGGGAAACAUUGCUGGUUUGACCGUCUGCUGUAUGUCCCGCCUCUCGGUACCGGUGCGUAUGUUUCUCUACACGGAGGGAGAGAGCAUGAAUUUGCACGUCCCAUAUAAUGUGGGUGAAUUUGUGCAUCACAUAUAAUGUGGUAACGAUGAGUCGAAAUCCCAUUUAGCCUAUUGUUUUCUGGCACAUUCAUUUAUUUAUUUUCGCGUGCAGGGUCCGACAUUAACACAUCUUUGCCUUCCUGUUCAACAUUUACCUGCUCAGUCGCAGUCUACCUUUGAAAACCAUUGAAGACUACACACAUAAUUGUCAUGCUAUUUGUAUUUGAGCAAUCCGAUUUUGUUUUAUUAUUGGCGAGCUACAGAUGGCUAUAUCGAACAGUUGACAGUGCAUGUCAGAACAUAAACCAAGCCAUGAGGUCGAAGGAACUGUCCGUAGAGCUCGGAGACAGGAUUGUUUCGAGGCACAGAUCUGGGGAAGGGUACCAAAACAUUUCUGCUGCAUUGAAGAUCCCCAACAACACAGUGGCCUCCAUCAUUCUUAAAUGGAAGAAGUUUGGAACCACCAAGACUCUUCCUAGAGCUGGCUGCCCAGCCAAACUUAGCAAUCAGGGGAGAAGGGCCUUGGUCAGGGAGGUGACCAAGAACCCGAUGGUCACUCUGACAGAGCUCCAGAGUUCCUCUGUGGAGAUGGGAGAACCUUCCAGAAGGACAACCAUCUCUGCAGCGCUCCACCAAUCAGGCCUUUAUGGUAGAGUGGUCAGAUGGAAACCACUCCUCAGUAAAAGGCACAUGAAAGCCCGCUUGGAGUUUGCCAAAAUGCAAAAGGCACUAGUCAGGAUUGAGGGAAAGAUGAAUGGAGCAAAGUACAGAGAGAUCCUUGAUGAAAACCUGCUCCAGAGUGCUCAGGACCUCAGACUGGGGUGAAGAUUCACCUUCCAAUAGGACAAUGACCCUAAGCACACAGCCAAGACAAUGCAGGAGUGGCUUCGGGACAAGUCUCUGAAUGUCCUUGAGUGGCCCAGCCAGAGCCCGGACCUGAAACCGAUCUAACAUCUCUGGAGAGACCUGAAGAUAACUGUGCAGCGACACUUCCCAUCAAACCUGAGAGAGCUUGAUAGGAUCUGCAGAGAAGAAUGUGAGAAACUCCCCAAAUACAGGUGUGCCAAGCUUGUAGCGUCAUACCCAAGAAGACUCGAGGCUGUAAUCCCUGCCAAAGGUGCUUCAACAAAGUAUUGAGUAAAGGGUCUGAAUACUUAUGUAAAUGUGAUAUUUCCGUUUUUUUUUUUUUAUACAUUUGUAAAAAAUUAUAAAAACCUGUUUUUGCUUUGUCAUUAUGGGGUAUUGUGUGUAGAUUGAUGAGGAACGAAAACAAUUUGAUCAAUUUUAGAAUAAGGCUGUAACGUAACAAAAUGUGGAAAAAGUCAUGGGGUCUGAAUACUUUCCAAAUGCACUGUACAUUUCCUAAUGUUUUGCAUUUUAACUUGCUACUGGAGAAGAACUACACCUGUGGAAAGUACUGUAGAAACGUAGCCUACACAUCGGUCAGAGCGCUGUCUCGUGAGCCAAUGAUUCUAGCAAAUAUACACUACAUGACCAAAAGUCUGCUCGUCAAACAUCUCAUUCCAAAAUCAUGGUCCCCCCUUUGCUGCUAUAACAGCCUCCACUCUUCUGCGAUGGCUUUCCGCUAGAUGUUGGAACAUUGCUGUAGGGACUUGCUUCCAUUCAGCCACGAGCAUUAGUGAGGUUGGGCACUGAUGUUGGGCGAGAAGGCCUGGCUCGCAGUCGGCGUUCCAAUUCAUCCCAAAGGUGUUCGAUGGGGUUGAGGUCCGGAGUCUGUGCAGGCCAGUCAAGUACUUCCACACCGAUAUCCAAAACAAUUUCCGUAUGGACCUCGCUUUGUGCUCGGGUGCAUUGUCAUGCUGAAACAAGAAAGGGCCUUCCCCAAACUGGUGCCACAAAGUUGGAAGCACAUGUAGAAUGUCAUUGUAUUCUGUAGCGUUAAGAUUUCCUUUCACUGGAACUAAGGGGCCUAGCCCGAACCAUGAAAAACAGCCCCAGACCAUUAUUCCUCCUCACCCAAACUUUACACUAUGCACUAUGCAUUCGGGCAGGUAGCUUUCUCCUGGCAUCCUCCAAACCCAGAUUAGUCCGUCAGACUGCCAGAAGCGUGAUUCAUCACUCCAGAGAACGCAUUUCCACUGCUCCAGAGUCCAAUGGCGGUGAGCUUUACACCACUCCAGCCGACGCUUGGCAUUGCACAUGGCUGCUCGGCCAUGGAAACCCAUUUCAUGAAGUUCCCGUGGAACAGUUCUUGUGCUGACGUUGCUUCCAGAGGCAGUUUGGAACUCAAUAGUGAGUGUUGUAACCGAGGACAGACAAUUUUUUGCGCUAUGCGCUUCAGCACUCGGCGGUCCCGUUCUGUGAGCUUGUUUGGCCUACCAUUUCACAGGUGAGUUGCUGAUGCUCCUAGACGUUUCCACUUCACAAUAACAGCAUUUACAGUUAACCGGGGCAGCUCUAGCAGGGCAGAAAUUUGACAAACUGACUUGUUGGAAAGGUGGCAUCCUAUGAUGGUGCCACUUUGAAAGUCACUGAGCUCUUCAGUAAGGCCAUUCUACUGCCAAUGUUUUUGUAUGUCGAUUGCAUGGCUGUGUGCUCAAUUUUAUACACCUGUCAGCAACCGGUGUGGUUGAAAUAACCAAAUCCACUAAUUUGAAGGCGUGUCCACAGACUUUUGUAUAUAUAGUGUAUUUAAUCAGAGUGGAGAAGUGCAACUGAAGCACGAAAUUAUUCAUUUUACGUUCGUGAUUUUGAGCGAACCUUAACUGAAGCCGAGCCAAGCUGAUCGCAGGCUGGCUGGCGGGUCUCUGUUUCUGAUCUCUGGCUGGCUGGCGGGUCUCUGUUUCUGAUCUCUGGCUAGCUGACGGAUUUCUGAUCUCUGACUGUCGAGUCUCUGUUUUUGAUUUCUGGCUGGCUGGUCUCUGUUUCUGAACUCUGGCUGGCUGGCUGGUUUCUGAUCUCUGGCUGGCUGGCUGGUCUCUGUUUCUGAUCUCUGGCUGGCUGGCUGGUCUCUGUUUCUGAUCUCUGGCUGGCUGGCUGGUCUCUGUUUCUGAUCUCUGGCUGGCUGGUCUCUGUUUCUGAUCUCUGGCUGGUUGGCUGGUCUCUGUUUCUGAUCUCUGGCUGGCUGGUCUCUCUUUCUGAUCUCUGGCUGGCUGGCUGGUCUCUGUUUCUGAUCUCUGGCUGGCUGGCUGGUCUCUGUUUCUGAUCUCUGGCUGGUCUAUGUCUGGACAUCUGCUUUGAUGUCCUAAAUCCUUGUGUCAUUGUUUCUCCUCUUUGUGAAGAAACUGUUUGACCGUAUGUGAGACUGUAGUCAUCCUCUCUCUCUCUCUCUCGCUCCCUCUCCUUCCCCUUCACUCUCUCUCUCUUUCUCUCUCUCUCUCCAGCCCACGGUGCGCCUCUACCCAUUCCAGAUUCACAGCAUCUCCCUGUCUGCCUUUGCCUCCCUCAUGGGACCCUUCGGAGGUUUCUUUGCCAGCGGCUUCAAGAGGGCCUUUAAGAUCAAGGUGGGUGUGAGGAGAAAAUACUAAUGUUAUCACUGGGCCCGGUGGACUCACUAGAAUUGAGUGGCCUCUCAGUUGGCAGUGCUCAUUAUCAAUGUUCCCUCUAAGCUGCACGGCAGUCCAGGGGAGCAGAAAUAUCAGCCCACGGAGAGAAGCACAAGAUUUAUAUUUUUGUUGUCGUUCCAGGACUUUGCCAACACCAUCCCCGGUCACGGUGGCAUCAUGGACCGCUUCGACUGCCAGUACCUCAUGGCCACGUUCGUCAAUGUCUACAUCGCCAGCUUCAUCAGGUAACUAACUAGAACGCCCCGUCGUUUAUAGAGAGAGUAGUCAGUGGUGCAUAGAGAGAGAGGAGCCACAGUCUUAACUGCUUUUGGCUGACAAUCAUGUGUUGAUUUAUGAAAAUAACGUAUUAUUAAAGAGGAAGUGAUUAUAGAGAAGGUUGUUACUGUAUGGGAUUCAUUUAACUUUUUAAAUAUUGUUAUUCUAGUCAUUUAGCAGACACUCUUAUCCAGAGUGACUUAAAGUUAGUAAUCUUCUCUCUCCCAUGGGCCCAAACGCCAGCAAUGUUCCACCUAUUGCAUAAAGACAUGAGCUACAGCCUCAACCAAAUUGACUAACCAGGCAUUUUGUGGAGGUGUCUUUGUGCUGUCAGAAUGUCACCCUGUAUGUGUAUCUGUAAUCCAUUGUGUAAUCUUCUCUCUCUCCAGGGGCCCUAACCCUGCCAAGGUGGUCCAGCAGCUUUUAGCCCUGCGCCUGGACCAGCAGCUCAACAUCUUCAACUCCCUAAAGAGCCACCUGACAGAGAGGGGUCUGCUGGUGGAGGCAGCCUAGGGCCACCAUGGCGAGCCGCCCAGGGCCAGGUCAACUUACUGGGGACACAGAGAGGAGGGCAGCCCCCGGCACCAGAAAGCCCUGGAGGUGUGGGAGAAGAAGUGUGGUGCUCGUAUGAGCAAGAACACAUCAGAGAGAAAGUAACUCAAUCCUUUGGGUUAUUCCAUUUUCUGUGUGUGACUGUGAGAUAGUAUAUGUGUGUGUGUGUCUCUGUGUGUGUGUGACUGAGAGAGAGUGAGUGUGUAACUGAGAGAGAGAGAGUGAGUGUGUGACUGAGAAAUUGAGAGAGUGAGUGUGUAACUGAGAGAGAGAGAGUGAGUGUGUGACUGAGAAAGAGAGAGAGUGAGUGUUUGACUGAGAGGGAGUGAGUGUGUGACAGACAGUGUGUGUGUAUAUAGUAUGCAAGAAAGUGUGUCCUAAACCUCAGUGUUUCAGGUUGAAUCUGUGAGUAAAUGUACCAAAGGUUGUUUUUUUCUCAUGUCAGCCAUAGUAUUUACAACACAGUGAUGCCACUUUAUCUGUGUACCACGAUGAGGUCAGGUGUACAUGUGUGUGAAUAUUUUAUGGUACAUAUAUUUUAUUUGUGUUUUAAUGCACUGCUGUAUCGUCCUCAUCAUCCACCACCAUGCCUCUGUUUUAUUUGCUUCAUUCAUUGUAAUAAUUGUUUUUAUUUAUAAUAUUUGUGGUUGAGUUUUUACAUUGAAAUCUUCCAUUGUAUCCCUGUGUUGUAUUGUCAAUGUGCAUUUUACCCGGUAGAGGUUCACUCUGCUAUUGGCACGUCAUGCUGCAUACCUGUGUGUUUCUGGCUUUGUUUUUGUUACCAUGUUGUGCGUCCCAAAUGGUACCCUAU